UUCAUCCAUUUUCCUCCUCUUACACACAGAGAGAUUUCCAAUAACCAUGUAAGUGACUCGGUCUUCGAUCCGACUCAUGACUCACGUCUCUUUUCCUAUUCUCUCAUCCUUUAGUUGACCGCCGGCCUCUUUCUCGAGAAAAUUCUCAGUUUUCCCGCAAACUUGGACCUUUUCAUUGCCGCUUUUUCUUUCCCAUUUUUUUUUAUAUAAAUCUCUACCAACCUAUCCGUAAGCGACAAUUCCUUUACCAACUUACCCUUUUUCUCUUUUUUUCAACUUUCCCUUUUUCUCGUUUUUUUCUUCCUUUCUGUUUCUUAGUCCAAAUCUUCACACGCCAUCUUUUCCUUUUUAGUUGCGUUAAAUCCAAAUUAAAUUUUCUCUUCUCCGAUUACUAGAGGAGAGAUCCGUCGUCCAUUGUUCAGUCACAAAGUCGCCGUUUUUGGGUUUAACGGAGAGAUAUCCCGGAGAUGGGAGCAGUAGACCAAGAAGGAAUCGCUCGGCGUUUCUGGAUCAAGUCGAAGAGCGAUUGGACUUUUGCCAUGUACAGUCCUUUCUUUGUUAGCUUGGCCUCUGGUAAUUUGGAUACUCACACUUUCCUCAAUUGUAUCUCCCAAGAUGUCCAUUUCUUCAAAGCAUUCGCUCAGGCAUACGAACUGGCAGAAGAAUGUGCAGAUGAUGAUGAAGACAAGAGCGCAAUUCGCAAGUUGAGAAAACGCGUCAAAGACAAGCUUAAAAACUACGAAGCCAUUGUGCAUGAAUGGGGCUUUGAAUUUCCAGCAGAGGGCACUCCCAUUGUUGCAACUGCCAAAUAUACGGAUUUCUUGCUAGCAACAGCCUCGGGGAAAGUUGAAGGAGAAAAAGUUCCUGGUAAAAUUGCAACACCUUUUGAGAGGAUAAAACUUGCUGCCUACACACUUGGUGCUAUGGCACCAUGCAUGAGAAUCUUUGCUCAUAUAUGCAAAGAGAUACAUCAUCUUCUUGAUCCAGACGAUAGCAGUCACAUUUACAAGAGGUGGAUUGAUAAUUAUUGCUCUGAAAACUUUGAGGCAUCAACUCUGCAAAUAGAAGACAUGCUGGAUAAACUAAGCAUCUCUUUGACAGGCGGAGAACUUGAGGUCUUAGAAAAGCUAUAUCUUCAAGCUGUGAAACUUAGAGUAGAUUUUUUCUCUAUUCAACCAAUUGGCCAGCAAACAGUAAUGCCUUUGUCUCGGGUGCAAAGUCCUGCUGUCCGCCUCACUAUGUUUUGUGAUUUUGACAUGACAUGCACUGCUGUUGAUUCCUCUGCUGUUUUAGCUGAAAUUGCAAUAAUAACAGCUUCAAAGGUGGAUUUAAACGGAUCUGAAACCAAACUCACUCAGAUGUCAUCAGCUGAUUUGAGGAGUACAUGGGGUGUUCUUUCAGCUCAAUAUGUUGAAGAACAUGAUCAAUGCAUAGAAAGCAUCGUUUCUAGUGAAACAGUGGAAAAAUUUAAUUACGAAGAUCUGUGUAAGGCUCUUGAACAACUUGCUGACUUUGAGAAAAGGGCAAAUACAAGAGUGAUUCAGUCAGGAGUAUUGAAGGGUUUAAAUCUGGAGGAUAUAAAACGUGCUGGUCAGCAACUGGUUUUUCAAGAUGGUUGUCCAGGCUUUUUCCAAAAGAUUGUGAGAAAUGAAAAUUCAAAAACUGAUGUGCACAUCCUUUCAUACUGCUGGUGUGGUGAUCUCAUUAGAUCAGCAUUUUCAUCAGGAGAUCUAAAUGUUCCCCAAAUAUAUUCAAAUGAGUUGGCUUAUGAAGAAACUUUUUCAACGGGUGAAAUUGUUAGGAGAGUGGAGUGCCCAAUGGAAAAGCUUCAAGCUUUCAAUGACAUCUUGAAGGACCGGAAUUCGGAUGAUGUUCAGCAGUUAACUGUCUAUGUUGGAGGAUCAGUGGGUGAUUUGCUUUGCCUACUCAAGGCUGAUAUAGGUAUUGUGAUUGGUUCAAGCCCAAGCCUAAGGAGACUGGGAGAUCAUUUUGGCAUCUCCUUUGUUCCAUUAUUCGCUGGUAUGGUGAAGAAGCAGAAGGAACUUGUUGAAGGCGGCUCUCCUAAUUGGAAGGGCCAGCCAGGCGUUCUAUAUACAGUAUCUACUUGGGCUGAGAUACAUGCAUUUAUUUUGGGAUCAUAAUUUAUGAUCUCUUUGUCAUCGUCGCAUUAGAAUAAACACCAAGAAAAAUGCAUAUACGUAGGAUAUAGACUACAGAUGGUGGCUAAAUUUUUUUACCACAGGGCCACGGGCGAAGCCCUUAUAUUUUUUCCACUUUAGGGAUUGCCAUCCAGAUAUACAGGUACGUUGUAGUUAGUUUCACAAGAGUCAGGUUGUUAUAAGAAGCCCUCUCUUUCUAAUGCCUUGUUACAAUUUGCUUUUGAAGCUUCUAACCACUGAACUUCAAAAUUCGAAGUUGUUCAGUCUGGGAGAUUUUCACUGGUAAAUUUUCAUGGGGGGAAAGAGAAAGAGGUUGAAUUGUCGUUGCAAUCUUUGAAAGACACAAAAAAAAAAGAUUGCAGAAGUUUAUGGUUGUAUUAGAAAGUUGAUAUAUUAAUGCAAUAUCUCUGUGUGUGUUUCUUGUGAAUUGUA